GCCGCUGGGCGGAGUUGGCGGCGGGAGAGUCACCUGAGGCCUCGGACGUGGGUGCGGAGUCGUCACUUUGUUGUUACUCGGCCCGGUAGUGAAGCGACAUGGAGCUCGGGUGUCGUGUGCUCGCCGGCCUGCUCGUCCUCCUGGGCCUGUGGGGCCUGUCGGCCGCCGAGCCGGUGAAAUUCAAGGACUGCGGUUCAGAAUCAGGGAAUCUUACCACGGUGGAUAUCACUGCCUGCACCUCCCUGCCAUGUCAACUUCACAAAGGAAAAACAUAUGGUGUGAACGUCACCUUUGUCAGCUUUACUGCAAGCGAAACAAGCAAGGCUGUGGUUCAUGGUAUCAUGGCUGGCGUUCCAUUACCAUUUACUCUCCCCAAUGAUGACGGUUGUAAAUCUGGAAUUCAGUGCCCUAUUCGGAAAGGCCAACAGUACAACUACAUCAAUUCCUUAGCAAUAAAAGAAGAAUACCCCUCAGUUAAAUUGGUGGUUCAAUGGCAGCUGAAGGACGAUAAGAGCAGGGACAUCUUCUGUUGGGAGAUUCCUGUAGAGAUUUCCAGCUAAACCACCAGCUCCAAUAACAGCUGAUUCUUUUAUUUGGAGAUUAUUUAUCAGCUGCACAAUGGGAAAUUAAGCCAAACUGUACAAAAUGAGAACUUUUUUUCAUUUAAAAAGACUUGCACAAAUUUUUAACUUCAGAACAUAAUUUUUUAGAAUUUAUAUAACCUUUUCUUGACUUUAAUAUGGAUUAAUUUUGUAAACUAACCUGCAUGGGCCAAUAAUAAAAUAAGACAAAUUGAA